UCCCAAAGCGGAUUAAGUUGGGAGGGGGUGUAUAUGAAUGGGGCAGACGGAACCGCUCUCAUGUAUUCCUCGGUGUCCCUACCUUGUCAUCCGCAGACUCCACAAAAGGACAGGGCUCAGCCAUGGUGGACCCUGUGCCGGAAGAGGAGAAGGAGGGAGCCGAGCCUGAAGGUUCGGGAGGGGACGGCGCCGCCGCGUCCGUGCCCCCUGACGCCCAGGGCGCCCAGCAGCCCGCCGCCUCCUCGGCCUCGGCCUCCGCGGCGGCGCCCCGCAAGGCUGAAGUCCCGAGCGUAGCGGAAGAAGGCGGGCGGCGGGAGCAGUCUCCACUGCUGCAUCUCGACCUCUUCAACUUCGACUGUCCGGAGGCCGAGGGCAGCCGCUACGUGCUGACCAGCCCUCGCUCGCUGGAGGCCUGCGCUCGCUGCGCCGUCAAGCCAGUGGAGCUGCUGCCAAGGGCCCUGGCCGACCUGGUGCGCGAGGCCCCGGGCCGCUCCAUGAGAGUGGCCACCGGCCUGUACGAGGCCUACGAAGCGGAGCGACGUGCCAAGCUGCAGCAGUGCCGGGCCGAGCGCGAGCGCAUCGUGCGCGAGGAGAAACGGCGCCUCUUCACGCCACUGGGCCAGGCGGCCGCCGCCGCCUCGGGCGCCAGCGCGGGCGGCAGCAGCAGCAGCUGCAGCAGCGCCAGCCUCCCGGCCUCGCCCGCGCCGCGUGCCGCCCGCAAGGCCUCCUCCAGCCCGUCCCCUGCUCGGACGCAACCUCCGCCCGCGGGUUCGCGGGCAGGUAGGAAGAGCCACUCGCUAGACUCGCUGUCCCGCCGGCGCGAGGGCGCCCUCAGCUCCGAGUCCGGCGCGUCGUCGUCGUCCUACAGCGGGGAGAGCCUGAGGGAGCUGCGCUGGCCUCCGCGGGCCUCGGCCAGGAACAGCUGCCCAGCGGGCUCCGCGUCCUCCGCCCCCAACCCUCUGGGCCGCCCUUCUGCCUUGGCCCUGGUGCCGCUCACCGGCCGCAGCUUCAGCCUGGGCGACCUGAGCCACUCGCCGCAGACGGCUCAGCACGUGGAGCGCAUAGUGCGCCAAGUGCGCGCCGAGCGGGGCCUGCGGGGAGUGCCGGAGCGCGACCGCAAGAUCGCGGCGCUGAUGCUGGCGCGCCACCAGGAGGAGCGCCUGCUGCUGGAGCAGCGCGCCGCGGCCCACGGCCAAUGGGAGCAACAGCGCGUGCGCGCCGAGCAGCGGCGGGAACGCGAGGAACGGGAGAAGCAGCGCGCGCUGGAGCAGGGCCGCCGGGCCUGGGCGGCGCAGGUGGAGGAGCGGCGCGGCCGCCGGGGGCGCGAGGAGCUCGAGGCGGCGCGACGACGGCAGCGGCAGUGCGAGCGCAGCGAGGAGCGGCGGCGGGAGCUGGCGGAGCGCCAGGGCCUGCUGCGGCGGGAGCGGGCGGAGCGCGCGGCCCGGGAGGAUAGGCUGCGCAAGCUGCAGCAGGAACAGAACCUGAAGCAGCGGGAGGAGGGCCUGCAGGAAGGGCGCGAGCGGGCAGAACAGGCCCGCCGGGAGCGCGCCCAGCGCGCGGCCCGCACCAAGCAGCGGCAGGAGGGCCAGCUGCAGCGGGAGAAGCGGGAGCUGAGCCGGGCCGAGCGGGCGCGCCACGAGGCGCUGCUGCAAGGCCGGGCCCGGCAGGAGCGCGCGGAGCGAGAGGGCCUGCGGAGCUCCCUGGAAGCCAGCUUGGGCCGCGCGCAGGAGAACUACGAGCAGCUGGUGGAGCAGCGCGCCCGCGAGCUGCGGGAGCGGGCCCGGCGGGAGGAGCUGCAGGGCCGGCGGGCUAAGGAGGCGGCCGAGCGCAAAGAGCGCGAGCACCAGGCGCACCUGGAGGCGCUGGCCCGGGCCGGAGAGCGGCGGCUGCAACACGCGGCGCAGGCGGCCGAGGAAGCGGUGCAGCAGAAGGCGCGGCGUGUGGGCCAGAGUCGGUUGGAAAAGGAGCGGGCCCAGCGCGCCAAUAAGGAGAAGGUGGAGAGGGACGAAGACUGCCGCCGGCGGGAGCUACUGCAGGCCAUCGGGCGCAAGCUGGAGCGCAGCGAGCAGCUGUCUUGCGAGCGGAGGAGCGCGCUGGAGAGCGCCCGCUCCACAGCCCGGGCCUCCUUCCACGUGCGGGAGAAGGUGCGCGAGGAAACCAACACGCGCUCCUUUGACCGCAUGGUGCGGGAAGCCCAGCUGCACGCCAACCUGGACCGCAAAUGACCGCCACCCCUGGCUGGCCAGCCUGCCACGCUCAGCCCUGGGCGGCCUCCCUUGGCCUUUAUGACCAGACCGUGGAAGUCCCCCGUCGGGGCUCAGCACAGUGGCCUCGCCAGGCUUCCGAUCAGAGAGGCAUUGAGAGGACAGAUAGGAGACCUGACAGCCCCACCGCCUUUUUAAAAACGGACUUUGUUUGGAAAUGACAGAGCACAAUCUUUGACCACAUCCACCCUUGGUGGCUCCCGCAGCUACCCUUGCCAAGCUUCCCCAUGUGUCUUUGGGAUUGGAAUAGAAAAAGAGUUGGGGAGAAAGAGGCUGGGUCGGGCCUGCAGGGAGGGCCCCCCUGGGAGUGACCGCCCCUUCUGCAGCAGUGAGCCCAGGCACCUGUCGCACAUUGGCGUCUGAGGUGACAGCGGAGGAGGCAUCCCCUCGGCUCGCCUCCAUCUUUUUAAAUCUGGCAAGUUGCACAAAGCGUGGAGGCCACGCAGAAAAGCACAGCUCUUCCAGCGAGUUAGGCCACACCAAGUGACCCCAAAAGCGAUGGGUUCUUUGUAUGCUUGACUUUUAAUCUGCCACUUGAGCAAAUUCUGAUCUUAGUUCUGGUAGUUUUUUGGUUGAUUCCCCUUGGCUUUCUAGUUAGACAAUCAUCUGCAAAUUUAUGAUUCAUUUGUGUCUUCUUUUCUCUCUCUCU